CACGGCGGCAGGAUAUAACAAGCACACUUCAGCAACAUGGCAUUCAUCUUCACAUGCGGAACACAUACGUUCGAAUCACUCUUAGCCGGCUACGAGAACAUCACAGUCCAAUGUCAGAAUUGCGGUAAUUGGAGCGGGAAAGUCGUCAAGCGAUGGGAAUGGUUUACAUUCUGUUUCGUCCCCCUCAUACCGUUCAGCCUCAAACCAUGGCACGCCGUCGGCUGCCACAUCUGCCACUUCAAGCAAGAUAUCAAGUACAGACCGGACGUACAACAGCAAAUGGACGGAGGAGGAGGAGCACCAGGUGCGCCGCCAAAGCAACAGGAGGGACAGAUACCGCUACAGAAUCAGCCGCCGCAGGGCUGGGGACAGCCAGGGCAGGGAGGAGCGCAGACACAGUAUCAACCACCGGCGGGACAGGUGCCGCAGUACAAGUAGGAGGGAAGAUAUGGGUAUGGGCGUCAGGUGUUGUUGG